AUGGCAGAGGCUCUGGGCGGACCCGCUGCUCCAGUCCCGCCUCAGGUCGGCUGUGGUCAGGUCACGCCGCCCUUUAGCGAGUUCUUCACGCCCCUGCCGCAGAGUCACUCGCCGCCCGCACACUACGCCCGCGCCUACGGCCAGCACCAGCAUUCGCAGCCUCCGCCGCCGCCGCCGCUGCAGGCCCGGGCCGAGCUCGGAAGCAGCAGUCCUCCCAGCAGCGCCAAUGUGGGGAGCUGCCUGACGCAGCUGGGUCAGGUGGUGAGCCAAGUGGCGAGCGGUCCGAACCACCUCGCGGAUUACGGCGCCGUGACCUACUCGUCUUCGGUGGGGGCGACCUUGCCGGGCGCAGGAACCCCAGCCAGCAGCAGCUCCUCCGGCAGCAGCAACAACAUGCAGCAGGGAGGGUACUGCGAGGACGAGGAGCUCCCCUCCUGCGCCUACGCCCACCCGCAUCUCCACGGACUCCCGUUCCUUGUGCAUGGUCAGGGGGGGGGUGAUGAAGGUGAUGAUGCCUAUUACCCUGCCGGCUCACCCUACCGAGUCCAGCGCCACGCAGCGAACAUUAGGGAGAGGAAGAGGAUGCUAAGCAGUAUAAACUCAGCGUUCGAGGAGCUGAGGACACGCGUGCCGACCUUCCCUUACGAGAAACGCCUCAGCAAGAUCGACACCCUCCGCCUGGCCAUCGCUUACAUCGCCCUCCUUCGGGAACUGCUCACCUCCGAGCUCGACCCCCUCACGCACAUCGAGAAGGGCCUGAGGGGGGAGCUGCCCUCGGAUCAGUGCCACAUGUGGAACACGAGCGACCUGACCGCCCGCUUGUCCUGGAUCAACUGGGAGAACCUUGGCGUCAGUCCCACGCGGCGCUCUGUCCUGUCCUCGCUCGCCCUCACCGCCGACGCCAUCAACAACUGA